AUGGACCACUCUCCUGAUACCGAUACUACUGUCUCUGACAGAGGCAGUCUGGCCCAGGUCAUCUCAACACUGCAAACAAUUCUAUCAACCACCAACCUCGACCAAGACAGGCGAUCUCUACCGAUCAUCCCCCAGAACAUUCCUGACCUUGCGCAGCUCCAGUCCCGAGCUGCGAGUCUGUUUCUGACGAGUUCACGCCCAGAAGCAGAAGCAGAAGCAGAUUCAAAUUGCGAUUCGAAGUCUGCCUCUGCCUCUGCCGCUACAGCCUUGGAGCAUACUGCUUCUGAGGACAUCGAAUCUCUAUCCCGCCUAUCGACACAUCUCGCCAACGACAUCCUCCCCUAUCUCAACCUAGCAUCGCUCUCGCCGAACUAUUACGGCUUCGUCAUCGGCGGAGCCACUCCCGCCGCUCUGCUCGGCGACUUCCUCGCCUCGAUAUACGACCAGAAUGUACACGUGCAUCUCCCGCGCGAAACGAUCUCGACGACACUCGAGGCCGUGACACUGAACAAACUCGUGCAGUUGUUCCGACUACCUGAGUCUGGGUGGGCAGUUGGUGGCUCCGGGCCCGGCGGCGGCGUCUUCACGACGGGCGCCACGGCGAGUAAUGUGCUCGGACUGGCGCUGGGGCGGGAAUAUGUGCUUCGGAGGGCUCUGGAGAGGAAAAGCAAAGCAGAAAACAUAUCGUUAUCGUCGUCAGCCAGCACAAGCACCAGCUUCUCUUGUGGAGAAUACGGAAUCGCAGAAUUGAUGGUCCAGGCUGGCGUGCGUAGGAUCCAAGUUCUCAGCACGCUUUCGCAUUCGAGUAUUGCCAAAGCAGCCAGCGUGGUCGGGAUUGGACGGAGGAAUGUUGUUUCCAUUCUUGCGGAGAACGACAACGACGACAACAGCAGCAGCAGCAGCAGCAACACUCAUCAUAAUCCAUUACGGAUCGACAUCGACAAGCUCGAAAACGAGGCGCGCAAAUGCCACGAAGGCGUCAUCAGCAUCCUAACCAUUUCGGCCGGAGAGGUCAAUACGGGCCGCUUCGCAACAGACUCUCUCGACAUGAUGGCCCGCGUGCGCAGGAUCUGCGACCAGUACGGUGUCUGGAUCCACGUCGACGGCGCUUUCGGUCUGUUCGGCCGCAUCCUCGACCCGGAGCGGGAUCUCGAGUACCAGGAAAUCAGUCGCGGCGUGCAAGGUCUGGAACUCGCCGACUCCAUCACGGCCGACUGUCAUAAACUGCUCAAUGUCCCUUAUGACUGUGGAGUCUUCUUCACCCGACAUAAAGCACUCAGCGAGCAUAUAUUUGGCAAUGGCAGCGCCGCGUAUUUGAACAGAUCCAAAGAUCUGGGCGAGGAGGAGGACAACAACAACAACAACAACAACAACAACAACAACAAUGGUGGUAAUGGUAAUGGUGGUGGUGAGCAUGUACAGUCGCCUAUAAAUCUCGGUCUGGAAAACUCGCGCAGAUUCCGUGCUCUCCCGGUCUAUUGUACCCUCAUGGCGUACGGACGAGAAGGAUAUCUGGACAUGUUAAAACGGCAGAUCUCACUGGCGCGCCGCGUGACCCAGUGGCUGCUCCAGGAUGAACGCUUUGAAGUGCUACCCGACGCGGUGUCCGAACCGGAGGAGAUCCUGGCGAAGACGUUCAUGGUGGUUUUGUUUCGGGUCAGAGAUGAGGACAAGAGACUGGAUUUCGUCAACAACGUCAAUGCGACCGGCAGGAUCUAUCUGAGCGGCACGGUGUGGGAUGGCAAGCCUGCUGCACGGAUCGCGGUCAGCAAUUGGCAGGUGGAUGUCGAGAGGGACGCGAGGAUCAUAGAGGAGGUGUUGGAUCAGGUGGUGGGAGCAGAGACUGAGACUUGA